CAUGUUGGUUUGGUGCUCGCGUUCAGGUUUCAGUUCACACAUGGUGAGGGAAGACGGGGGCGUCUGGUAAAUAGGUGUUGUAUCAGUGAAUUAUGGUGUAAACUGCUGUUUGUCUUGGAGGAAGGUAUUUCACAGUGUCUGUUAGCAUCUCGAGAAUGGCCCAGGGAUACGACGGCAUGCAGCUUGACGAUCCGGAGGCUGGAAGCGAGGCGGCGGCGAAAAAGUCCUCCACCCGGCGACCCAAGGAGAUGAGGGUCAAGCUAGAGCGGAGCCGCCAGAGCGCGCGCGAGUGCCGCGCCAGGAAGAAGCUGCGCUACCAAUACCUGGAGGAGGUGGUGCGCACCCGCGAGCAGGCCAACCUGCUGCUGCGCAAGGAGCUCUGA